GACCGGCACCGUGAGAGAGGGGCGCCUCUCCCUCGUCACGUGGUGAGCGCGCAAGGCGGCUUCGGCGGCCGCCAUGUUUUGCGGCCUCAGGCCGCGCCAGGCCGGGGAUGGCGGCGGCCGGUAGCAACUGGCUCUCCGGGGUGAACGUGGUGCUGGUGAUGGCCUACGGCAGCCUGGUCUUUGUGCUGCUCUUUAUCUUUGUGAAGCGCCAGAUCAUGCGCUUCGCCAUGAAGUCCCGGCGCGGCCCCCACGUGCCGGUGGGGCAACACGCGCCCAAGGAUUUAAAGGAAGAAAUCGACAUCCGACUGUCUCGGGUGCAGGACAUCAAGUACGAGCCUCGGCUCCUGGCUGAGGAUGAUGGCAGGCUCCUGCAGCUGGAGACACAAGGCUGCUAUAACUACCUGUACAGGAUGAAGGCACUGGAUGCAAUCAGGACAUCUGAGAUUCCGUUUCACGCAGAGGGCCGGUACCCCAAGUCCUUAAUAGGGAAGAACUUCUGUGCCUACCUGCUGGAACUGCGGAACUCCAGCACCUCUUUCAAAGGCAUCCGCAAAGCCUUGAUUGACACCUUGCUGGAUGGGUACGAGAGCGCCCGCUAUGGCACUGGGGUCUUUGGGAAACCAGAAUAUCUCAAGUACCAGGAUGCUCUGAAUGAGCUGGCAAACAUGACCAAGGCCCGGGCAGGCAGCAGCCAGCGGCAGCACCAGUCAGCAGCAAAGGACCUUACCCUCUCUCCUGAAGUCUCCAACCCUGCCACCAUCCAGGUCACCUACCUGCCUUCCAACCAGAAGAGCAAACGUGCCAAACACUUCCUGGAGCUGAAGAGCUUUAAGGACAACUACAACACACUGGAGAGCACCCUGUGAGCCAAGGCAGAGCUGGUUGCACUCUGGGGCCCUGCCACAAGCAGAGCCUCUUGUGAGGUGCAGGCAGGUCCUAAGCAGGUUUUGGCUGCAGUUUGCUGUGCAGGCAGCAUGGGGAGGAAGUGGAUGCGCUCUUGGGUCUCCCUCUUGCACCGUGUUGGAGGCAGUCACUCAGUGGAGGCUCUGGUGCAGCUCAGUCCUCACCCAGAGCCAGUGUCAAAGCAGCCCUUGAUCCUGGAAGGGAUCGGCCUGUGCAGCCUCCUGUGCAGGCGUGGGACAUGGGCUUGAGCCUUUGCGUCCAGCAACAGCUUGGAGCUCUGGCCCUGUGAAUAAACUGAUUAGCUUUA